AUGAGCUGGUUGCGGAACAUCCAAGGUCAGCUCACCGAGCUGGCCAAUGAAGUUCUGAGUGAGGCCACCGAAGAAGUUGCCGAUCCAGAGUCGGAACUUCAGGUUUGAGAAUUUUAGGGGUUUUUUCUUGUUUUGAAAAGAAGUUGUUUUUCUUUCCAAAUAAAUCAGUGAUGAAAUUUUUUUAAAAAGGCACAAAUUCCUAAAAAAUUAAAAAAACCGCAAUAACAAUUAACAAGUUUUUUUGUACCUUUUUUUAUUCGACAAAGCCUUAUCAGUUUGGUUGAAAUUUCAUUUUUUAAAAUAAAGGUCUUAUCAAUCUUGAACGACCGAUUCAGGUGUCGAAGAAAAAAUGCGCGGAGGCGGAAAAAGAGCUCGCGAUCGAGAAAUCGCGAGCGACAUCGCUCGAAUCGCAAGUGAAAGAGCUGGAGCAACAAGUGUACGGCGCCAACGUAGAAAUGGACGCGAUAUCGUCGAAAUACGGGAUGAUGGUUCAGGCGAGAGACGAGGAGAUCAAGAAAAUGAAGGUUCAUUUUGGCGUUUUUUGAAACUCAAAUGUCGUGCUUGGCUUGAAAUACCGCUGAAAACAGCUCAUCGUUUUAAUUUAUUGUUAUGAAAUCAGUCCAUGCGCCUUUGAAAUGAAUUUCGAAAUUUUAUUUUUGAUUUUUCAUCUGCAGUUUUAUGGAUGACGGUCUUGGAAAUAACUUGAAAAAUGGCUCUGCGUGUCGAUUUAAUUUUUAUGAAGUAUGUCCAUGCGCCUUUAAAAAAAAUUCCCAAGUUUUAUUAAUUUUUUGCAGCGAUUUUUAUGGGUAUAAUGUCUUUGAAUGAAACAUGAAACAUCAUCUCGAACUCGUUUUUAUGAAAUUUGUUCAUGCGCCUUUAAUAUCUUCAGAUUCAACUGGAGCAACUGAACGAAGCCGGAUGGGGAAACACGGCCGAUGAGGACGAUUUCGACAUGAAAUCCCAACAAAUUUCCGAUUUGCAACGGGAAGUCGCCCAUUGGAAAAGCUUGGCUGCCGGUUCUGAUGGGGUUUGAGAAAAUUAUUGAUUUAUAUAAAAUAAUAUUCGGGUUCAGAAUGCGGAUACGGUGCCGAGAAGUGAGAUGGAGCGAAGGUUGGAGGAACUGAGACAGAAAAAGGAAAAUGAGCUCACGGCCAUUCUGGAGCAACACGCCGAGACGAUGAACGAGCUGAGGGAGUCCUACGAGGAGAGAAUUCAGUCCUUGCAGGUUUUUUUUUUUCGUUGAUUCGACUUUCUAAUGAUAGGUUAUCAUGGAAAAAGCUUCGAAGUUGGUCACUUUUUUGAGAUUUUUUUGAUAAUUUUUCAGUUUCUGUGCUUUUAAAAAUGAUAUAGCGGUUUCACGGCUAGCAGGGACUUGAAGGGGUGUGGCCUGCCUGUCUUUUUUCUUUUCGUGUCAAGACCCAUCUUCCGUUUGACUCAAGCCAGCCGUGAAUCAGCUGUAUUGAUUGAAAUAAGAGGAAAGCAAAACAUUUACUUUUUUCAAAUAAAAUGAUCAUUUUAAUGCUAAAAAAAAGAAAGUUUUAGCAAUAUCCGGCCUCCUCCUCAACCAGCAACACGGAUAUGCUCGAUGCAGUUCUACUGGAAAAGGAAGAAUUGCUGGAGGAGAAGAGGAAAUUGGAAGAAAUGGUUGGUUUUGAGAAAAAAAAAGAAAGCUUCAUGGUGUUUAUUAGUUUUUAUAGUGUCGAUAAUUUGGAACUCCAGAGUGCUCCCUAAAUGGGCAACCUUUGGAGCCCUUGGAGGGUACCCUCUAGGGGCCACUAAAGCUUGCAAAAGCGGUCCUCACAGGGCUUCAGUUAGUGACACCUAUAGGGAUUAGGCUAAUCGAUGAUUUUUAUGAACUCUGUGCGAAGAAGCAUUUCCAUGCGAAAAACGGAAUAAAAACCUUUUUCAAUCAAAUUGAAAGAUCCCUAUAGGGUCCACUUUAGAUUUAGAGGCUAGGAGUCAGACCGUCAACCCCUACAGGGACCGCCUUGAUUUUACCCCUAUAGGGACCACUUUUUCGACCCCUAUAGUGGCUUUCUGAAAGAGGCACCUCUGUAGGGACCACGACGAAAUUCCUAAGAAACGAAGUAUAAAGGAAAAACUCACGGUUUUUUUCAAAAAUUAUUUAAAAAAGAUAGAAGGUUCAGAUCUUCAAGGUUUAUAAAAUGGAUAUGUGGUAUUUUUUUGAUUUUUUUAAAUUUUUUUAAAUUUUUUUGCUCAAAAAAAUCUUCAUUAUAAUAGAUAUUAUUGAAGGGAGAUGAACGAAUCUGGUAAAUAGACAAGAAAGUUGCGUAAAAACCGUUUUUUCAUAUGAAAUUCAAUCCUUCUGGAACUUUCUGAAGUUUUGAGACUGUUAUCUGUAAAAUCAAGCUGAAACGUCAGUUUGUUGAAGAAAAAAAAAACGCAGCUUGGAAAAUUUCCAAAAGCUUGAGCUCCAUACAAGGAAGUUGUGAGCGAAAAAAAAUUAUUGGAUCAGAAAAAAUUAAUCAUAAAAACCCUCUCGUAGGCAAAAAGGUGGUUUUUUAUCUCUAGUACUCGAUCCAAGGCUUAGAAUGAUAAAUAGUUACCUUUUAAGAAGCUCACCUAUAUUUAAACCUUCUCAUGCUUUUCUUGACCUUCCCCAGGCAAAUUUUCAUCUAAAACUUCGUAAAAGCUACAGAAUUUCUCUGAGAAGGGAAAAACUGAAAUACAGAAACUAUUACAGAGAAAUGUAUCCCGUUCAAACUUUAGGUCAAAAGCAAAUCGAGCUCGCACAGCAGCGAUUCGGAAAAAGAGAAACCAGUGAUGGUGGACCUUUCCGAAGGCGCCGACGACGUCUUCGAACGACUCCGCCUCGCGGAACACGAAGUCGAACGUCUUCAGACCGAGAAGGACGAUCGCCUCGCUCAGGCCACUUCUGAAGCCGACAGUUUGAAGUUGAACAGUCUCUACUGUUCUCCCUGAACUUGAGAAGUUCCAGAGAACAGAAUAGAGAACUGGCCCAGGCUUACAACGACCUCAACGAGGAGUUUGAAAACUUCAAACGGGAAAGCCAGGCGGUCGAGUCGCGGAACGUCGAUUUGAGCGAACGGAUUGGUAAGGGAGAAAGCUUAAAAUUUGCUUGUUGUAUUGUUUCAAGUCCUGAUUUGAAUGUGCAAGUGCAAGUAUUGAAGUAUAUUUGCUUAUUGGAUCGGAAAAAUAAACGGAGCUAUAGUAGUCACUAAAGUGGUUUAGAGGCCCCUUCAGGGUUCACUUCGUUCCAGCUUUCACGCCAUAUUUUUUGCACGCCUCAGAGAGUUUUCGACUAAAAAAUUAAUCAGCGAAACUUUGAGUGGUCACUUUAGAAGUUUAGAGGUCAAUUUUCGAGCAUUUAUAAAGUUAAAGUUUGAGGCGAUUUUUCGAAAAAGGGAUAACUAAUGAAGAUUAGAGGACACUUAAAGGUUCUCUUGAUUCAGCUGUUCCUAUUCCAAAACUUUGAGUGGUCCCUUUAGAAAGUAGAGGUCAUUUUUCAAACGUUCAUCAUAACUUCAUCAAUUUUGCUCACUUGAAAUAGUUUUCGACUGAAAACUUGAUCAGAAAAUGAUUGAGUGGUCACUUUAGAAGUUUAGGGGUCAAUUUUUGAGCUUGUAUAAAGUUAACGUUAGAGAUCUGACUAUUUUUCAAAAACUGGGAAAAUAAUGGAGCUUAGAGGUCCCUUCAGGGCUCCGUUGAUUACAUUUCACCUGUUUUAACAUCAUCAAUUUUACUUCCAUCAGAGAAAUUUUGACCGAAAAAUCAUUUUACGAUAUUUUGAGUGGUCACUUGAGAAGUAGAGGACAAUUUUCUAGCUUGUCUUGAGUUAUUGUUAAAGAUCUGACUAUUUUUUCAGAAAGAUUGAAGGUCCCUUAAGGGCUCCCUUGAUUACAUUCCACCUUUUCUGACUUCAUUCAACUUCAUCAAUUUUGCUCUCUUCUGAUACCUUUUGACCGAUAGAUAACUCAGCGAAUCUUUGAGUGGUCACUUUAGAAGUUCAGAGGUCAAUUUUCUAGUUGUUCUUGAGCUAACCUUAGAGAUCUGAUUUUUUUUUCUCUUACAAGCCUGAUAGUGUUACGAAAUAGAAACAAAUUUUUGCAGCCAGCCUCCGCGCCAACCUCAUUGAAUACGAAGAACGGUAUGAAGUAUGCAAGAGAGAGAACCUCGAAACGGUCGCCAAGUUGGAACGACUCAGCGGCGAUUUCGAACGGCUCCGAUGCGGUAUCGCGGAUGUUCAGUCGCGUCGUCAGGACACAGAUGCGACUAUGGGGGUUCGGCGAUGUUUAUAGUGUGGUAAACGCUGGCUUGAGACAGAGAAAUUGUCAAAAAGUUCGAUUUUCAAAAUUCAUGGGCUGUGUGGAUCAAAUUUGAAGGAAUAUACAGACUUUAGGGCUUCCUGAGCUCGAUUUAAAUGACUUCAUUGAGAUUUUUUAUCUUCCGGUCGAGUUAUGACAGCUUGAAGUUUGUGAUUUUUGAAGAUAAGAAGAGUUUUUAACGUCAAAAAUCGAUGAAAAAACAGAAAAUUUGGAAAAGAUUGACUUUGGUUGCAAUCAGGAAACUUUUCUGUAGGUUUUUAGUGAUUUAUCAACUUUCCAAAAACCAAAAUUAUGGCCCAAGCCAGCUGUGAUUCGAGUUUCAGUUUAUUGAGUUCAGGAGGAAGUCGACAAGCUGAGAAACGCCCUGGAAGAGUCCAGAACCGAACGUGAACGACUAAGAGCCGAUGUUCAGCGAUUCCAAGAGGCGGUCAGCGACAUUGACAACGAGCUCGAGCAUUUGCGCGCCAGCAAUCGACGGCUCGUCGAGGAGAACGCCCUCAUGGCCGGGAACAUGGAAAGGUACCGGAAAAACUUAAGAAAUCAUUAGAAAGAGAAGGUUUUGUGAAUUUAAAAAAAAAACCCCUUGAAGCCGGGAAAGUUUGAGCUCUUUCAGAGGAUUUACAUGUACCUGAAAGCUUCUGGGAGCUUGAGAACUUUUUUCUAAAUUGUUUUCCGCCCUAACCCCUAUAUGGACCACUCCCAAGUAGAAGCCACUUGGAUGCCCCUAAGUGUCUCCUUAAGGGGAAUUUUAAGGUUACAUGUAUCUGGAAGCUUCUGGGAGCUUGAGAACUUCUUUCAAAGAGAAAAGGAAGAAGUUGAGUCACUGGAAGAUUAG